AUGCGCGCCGCCCUCCUCGCCCUCCUCCCCCUCGUCGCCCUCGCCGAGCCUCUCGCCCCCCGCGGCGUCGUCGGCGCCCCGGCCACCGUGCACCCCCGCCAGAACUCGGGCGCCGAGCGCUGGGCCCACGCCCGCAAGCGCGGCGGCGAGUAUCAUGGCGGAGGCACCAAGAAGUGCCGCCCCCGCCCGAAGCCUGAGCAGCCGCCCGCGGAGGACCAGCAGCCACCUGCCGAGGACCAGCAGCCACCCGCGGAGGACCAGCAGCCUCAGCCAGAGCCCCAGCCCGAACCUCAGCCAGAGCCCCAGCCAGAGCCCCAGCCAGAGCCCCAACCAGAGCCCCAGCCAGAGCCCCAGCCAGAGCCCCAGCCAGAGCCCCAGCCGGAACCCCAGCCAGAGCCUCAGCCAGAGCCCCAGCCGGAGCAGCCGCCCGCCGAGCAGGGCGGCGGCGGCGCGACGUACAACUCGAUCCGUACGACGUGGUACCACCCGAUCGCGAGCUCGCAGCCAGGCGCGUGCGGGCAGUACCACGACGACAACUCGUGGGUCGUGGCUGUGCGGCAGGACUUCUUCAACAACUACCCCGGCGCCGUGUGGGGCAACUCGUACGCCAACCCCAUCUGCGGCAAGCGCGUCCGUCUCGAGUACGAGGGGCGCGUGGUCGAGGCCACCGUCGCUGACUCGUGCGGCUCCGGGUGCCAGAACUACGAGGACCUCGACCUCACCCCCGUCGUGUUCAAGGCGCUGUACCGCGAGGGCAACCCCAACACGGGCGAGCUGUUCAACGUCAAGUGGACCAUCUUGGACUAGAGUGGUGAUGCCACAAGCGUCAAUCUUCAUGCUUCUUUGCCACAUGCCACCACGCCCUUUGACCCAAUGCCGAUUCCAUCGGCCACGAUUUCGCCACGCCCUGUUUCCAUCGCCCUUUUGUAGCCACAGCACCUCCUGGUAGGUACGUCUUGGUCUUCAUGAACAUUACUAUUUGUCUUGGUGAAGUGACGUGACGUGUGAGCAGUCGUUAGUACGUA